AAUCUAAUUUAGAAACCUCAUCAACUUGCUCAUUGCAAGUUGAUCGUAGUGGACCUAUUCGUCAUAUUAAAAGGAAAAAAAAAUCACAAAUGGAUAAAUUUUUUAAUCGAUCAGAAAUGUCACAAGAUUGUAAAUAUUGUAUGACUAAAUAUGCUCCUUCAACAUCUACUGGAACAUUAAAAGAACAUGUAAAAAAAAAUCAUUUCAAUAUUUAUAAACAAAAAACAAAAACUGAAAUUGUUCUUUAUAAUUGA